AAAAAAAAAAAAAAGGGGCGGGAAAAGGGGAAACUGCGAAAAACAACACACUAGAGAAUAUACUGAGAAACUACGGUUAGGGUUUUCAACUUCCGAAUUCAAAUCCAUGGACAAUGAAGGAGGCUUAAGCGACGCUCCUCAAAAUGGAAUCCUCGGAAGCAUCGAUCUUCGGCCUCGUGACCAUGUCGUCGAUCUCACUGGUCAGAUUCAUCAGCUCCCUUGCUACAUCAAACACAAUGGUCCCUGCCCUGUUUCUCACUACUUCAAACCGAAGAAUUCAGGUAUUGAGGUUGAUGAUUUUACUGUAGAGGAGGCAUAUUUUAGAGGAAGGAAGCUGCAGGGUACUACGAUUCCUCUUCCUGACGGGUAUUCUGGUUUUGUCUUGGGAAAGAAGAAGAAGCCAUGCAAAGGAAAAGCUUCAGAAAUAUCCGAAGGGAAUUUAAACUGUUGGGAGAUUGGUGCGAAAUUUCAAAGCAUAACUUAUUGGAAUCAUGACAGUCUUCCUUCACAUGAUGACACUUUCUUGCGUUGUUUUCAUUGGUUUGCAGUUGCAAAUGCGCUGCACAAGCCCAUAACUGAUGAUGAUUUGGCUUCUACAUCUCUUCUUCCAAAGUGAAGCUGAUGGGCAAAUAGCAUAUGAUGGUUUUCUGUCUUUAUGUGUGCACUUUUCUUAAGCUUAAGCUGAUAUUCAAACUAUUGUCAAGGACUUCUGCACCUGAUUUCAAGAUCCAAAGGAUACAUACAUGGAUUCAGAUGUUUAUUUGAUGCUUAGACAAUCUGGAGAGUUUAAUGUAUGGUUUGGUGCUAUGUCAAUGCUUUGCUGAUAGGACCUCAAAGUUUCUUCCAUUACUUGUUGAAUUGUGGGGAUUCAUACAUGUUAAGGCUUGCAGAAAUGGUAACCUGAGAAAGUUGUUGACAUACAAGAAAGAAGACAAUCUUGAUGAGA